GAAAAUGGUAGAAUGCAGAAUUUCCAUCUGUAGGAAAGAAGAUUAUUAAAGUAUAUUGAAAGAGGACAGGAUACGUUUGCACUUAGGGAAACAAACAUGGCUACUUCAGUGACCUUUCUUGGUGUUUUCUGGCUUCGUUCAUCAGUCAUGGGGCAAAACAACAACCGGUUUGAGACAAUUUCUACAGUUCCUCGGUCAAAUUUUCCUCUUGAGAAUAUCGAGUUUGAUCCAUGGAGUAACAAUGACUGCUUCGUGAGUGGGAAAAAUGUCCUUUACAAGUUUAUUACACAAGAUGGAAACAUGGCAAAUAGUCCAGUGAGAUCAAAGUUGACUGGACCAGAUUAUAAAUGCCUUGCAAAAGAUUACUGUGGCGAUGACUACAACUCAGUGCUGGUAAUAACACCAGAUAGUUUCAUAACUUGCAGCACGUUGUAUGGAGGACGGUGUGUCAGACGAGAUAAAACGUUUUUGAAUGAUACUUUAGUUGGGAAUACAAACAUUAAAUUGGUGUGGAGGGCAGAUGCUUCAGCUGUUGGUAUAUAUCUGUAUGUGAGUUUAAAUGGAGAUGUUAGUAAACAUGUUUUACAUCUUCAGAGUUGAGAGAAGUAGACAUAUUUGAUAUAUUUUUGAAAGAUCUUAAAAAAAACUCUGUCAGAAUGGACUAUAGAGUUGUACUGGAGAAUGAAGACUUUGUUUUUCUGUUGGUGAAUCAUAACUCGCAGGCCAAACUAGUAAAGAUCUGUAAAACUAUUAAUGCUAAGGACCCAAAGAAAGUUUAUGAAGACAUUCCUUUAACUUGCUCUGACAAAGAUGGCACCCAUUUCCCCCGUGUUGUGCAUGGAACUUUUGUAUACGUAUCGGGUAAGAGGUACCUGGUGGCUCUAUUCACGAACUCCACAGUUUCAUCGGCCAUUUGUGUUUAUGAAGAAAAUGAGAUCUAUAAGGCAUUUUUGGAGUCCAGGAAAAACAGAUAUGGCUGUCCAAAGAAUAAUCUCAGAGAAGAAGAUAAAGUAUUUGAUGAUUUAACACCAUUAGUCUCGGAUUGUAUUAAUGUUACUGGUGUAGAGGUAUGGUACAUAAAACAAAUUAUACAUGUAGUUGGAAAUGUAUGCAAUUAAUUGUUAUAUUGUAAAAAAUAGUCCAUGAGAAAAAGUAAAUUUUUUGAAAGAGCAUCGAAGAAGCUGCAUCUCAAUUUGAUAUACAGUAUUCUAGUUUAAGACUAUAGUAAUCAUUUACAGAUACCUGAAGGAAUCUUUGAUGCCUUUACAAAGGAGAAAUUCUGCAAUGAUAUCAUAGCACCCGAGUUUGGUAUCAUCGUGGGACUGUUGGCUCUGAAUGGAACUGCUGUGUAUACCUCUACAGAUGUUUUUACUGUGGUGGGGAGCACUGUAGUGAAUGACUUGGUUACUCUGUACAUUGGGACAGAAGACAGCUUUGUUGUGAAGGUUUUUCUGGAUCCAUCCAUGCCUUCAGCACUUGAGCUGGAAAAGAUAAAAGUACCACAGGAUGAAUCUGAGAUAAAAGCUGUUAGAAAUGUACAAGGAAACUUAUAUGUAAUGUCACAAAACAAGAUUGUCAAAGUUUUGAGGAAGAAUUGUGAAGAUUUCUCUGGAAACUGUCAUGCCUGUAUGAAGGCCAAGGACGCCCACUGUGGAUGGUGUAUAACGAACGAACGAUGUGUUGAAAAGAAUGAAUGUGACAGUAAAAUGAGCCACUGGCUGCCAUCUGUGAGAAAUCAAUGUUUACAACUGAAAUUGAAAGAGGAAUCACAUUAUGGAGUGAAUCUUGAAAACAAAUUGAUAAUUUACAAGGAUGUGUACUUUGAACCACAACAAGAGGGUUCAGAAGGAAAGACUUGUAAAUUGAAUGAUAAAAAUCUACCUUCAGAAGAUAGAUCUGACCAUGUGCGGUGUACAAUUGAUCUUACCUCAAGAUCUGCCAACAGUUAUACAAUUGGAAAUCAAACUCUAAGUAUUUGGAUGAAUAAUAGACAGCUUGCAUCAACUGAAUUAGUGUUUUACCGUUGUUCCGUCAUUGAUAGAUGUGGAGAGUGUGUAGCGGAAGGUAUCAAGCAAUGUUACUGGUGUGUAGAUGAAGGAAAAUGCACAUAUGCUUCUGGUGAUUGUUCCGUAAAGAACGUAUGUAUUAAAUUUUAUCUAGUUAUGGUAUGAAUUUUCAAUAUCCAAAAAAAAAAAAGAA